AUGGAUAUAAAUGAACUCUUAAAUGUCUGGGAAAUGGAGCAACUAGUUCCAAUUUUUUUAGAUUCUAAAGUAGUUCUACAGCUUGCAGUCUUUGCUAGAAUUAUACCAUCUAGAGGUAGAAAAAGAGAUGGCAAAAAUCAUUGGAAAUUUAGUACAACUGAGGCAGUAGAUGGGAUUUUGGUGCAUGCCACGGAUUCUCCUCAAAUUGGAGAUUUUGAUCAGUUUGUGGAUUCUCAUCAGUUUAAGGAUUCUUAUCAAUUUGGGAAUUUUCAUCGGUCUGGUUAUUCUCCUCAGUUGGAAAAUUUUUAUCAUUGGGGAUUGAUUCUCUUCUAUAUGAAGACAUUCCUUGGUUUGAGGCCUCUCAUGGAUAUAAGGAUUCUCGUCGGUUUGGGGGUUCUCAUCGGUUUCAGGAUUCGCGCCAGUUUGGAGACUCUUGCUGAUUUGGGAAUUCUCAAAUGUUUGGGGAUUCUCGUCGGUUUGGAAAUUUGGAUUGGUUUGGAGACUCUCAUCAGUUUGGAGAUUCGGAUUAGUUUGGAAACUCUCAUCAGUUUGGUAAUUCUUGUAUGUUUGGACAUUCUCAUGGAUUUGGAGGGUGCCAUCAGUUUGCGGAUUCUCAUUGCUUGCCAGAUCUAG